AUUUGUAAUAAAUCACAGUAUUACAUCUUAAAUAUUAUUAGUGGUUAUUGUUAGUCAGAGAAUGUUUGUAAAGAUGCUGGUGGUAUAAUAAACCUCUGUUAUGGCAACAGCUUAAAAAAUGGACAUCAUGUGAUAAUAAAUAAAACAAAUAUUUUGUAUUUUAUAAAAAAAAGUACAAGUAUAUUUGUAGAUGUUUGUAAUUAUGUAUUUGGUCUUUCAGAGAGAAAAAGAAAACAUUACAAAAGUUUAACUUCCGUUUUGUCUGGCUGGCAUGUGGUUAACUUGACGCCUCGUCCAGUCUGGAGGGGUGUGUUCACAGAUUUAAAUCCCUCACACAUGCGUAGACGCUGAUCCGUGCUGCUGGGUGCGCCAUAUUGGCUGGUUUACAUGGGGAGUGGAGUUGGACAAGCCGCUUGAAAAACCGAACCAGUUUCUGGACGUGAAGCAUUGCAAUGUUAACAACUAAAUUGACGCGGUAGGAUUUAUUUGUUUUCUCGAGUGCAAAGUCUUUCAUUUGCAAAAAAAAUUGCUCGCCAUUUCCCCGUGAAGACGUCCUCUACCAACUCGAGUCCAAUGGAUCCCAGGACCGCUUGGAUCCAGCCGGAGCAGAAGGGACCUGCCAAUUCCCUGUGGAUGCACAUUUGGGAAACCUCUCAGGGAUUUGGAGCAAACUCCGGCAUCGACAACCACCUUCACCACCAACGCAACUUCGCAGCGCAAAACGCGAACUCGACGGAGUCCAACAGCGAGUAUUGCAAAAAUGUAGCGCCGCCGCCGGGCUGUGUGUUCGGGAAGCUGUCGAAGCGAGACGGCGGCGGCGGCGGCGGAGAGAGGGGGAAUGUCCGGAGGAAGGCUUCGCUGUCGCCGUCCUCCUCCUCUCUGGACUCGGAGGCCGAGAGCUCCUCGCCUUCCGGCUCCUCUCUGCAAAUCGAUAAUUUGAACGUCGCAGAAGAGGCCAGCCGGUUUUUACACUACGGCGAGCAGGAGUUGAACGAGGACAAUCUCAGACGACAGUAUCCUCCUCCUCCUCCUCCUCCGCCUUUUCACAGCGUUCAGCAACACUGUCGCAGCAUGCAACAAUCCGGCGGCCACACCCCCACCGGGACGAAAAAUCAGCAUGGGAACAAGCACCACCACCACCACCACCACCAUCAGUCACAGGCGACCGGCCGCAGGAGGCACCUGAACAGGGCGAACACGUUCCACGGCAUCAACCCGCUGCUCUCCCAUGUCUGCAAUGGACAACAUGUAGACUCUUCUUGUAGUAGCCUGUGGAAAACCAGGCGGUACAGCCCUGGCAUUAAUGGUCUCCAUGAAGAAAUUGUGGACUUCUUCAACUUCAUGUCACCGCGACCAGAGGAGGAGGCCAUGAGGAGAGCUGUCGUGAACAGAAUAGAAAGUGUCAUCAAGGACUUGUGGCCCACAGCACGGGUGGAGAUAUUUGGCAGCUUCAGCACAGGACUUUAUCUUCCAUCGAGUGACAUUGACCUGGUGGUGUUUGGAAAGUGGGACCAUCCCCCACUGCAGGAACUGGAACAAGCCCUGAAGAAACACAAUGUGGCUGGGCAAUAUCCCAUUAAGGUCCUCGACAAAGCUACAGUGCCAAUCAUUAAGCUAACUGACCAUGAAACAGAGGUGAAAGUGGACAUCAGCUUCAAUGUAGAGACGGCCGUUAAAGCAGCACAGUUCAUCAAAAGCUAUCUUAAGAAGUACACUGUUCUGCCGCCUCUGAUCUUCGUCCUGAAGCAGUUCCUCCUGCAGAGGGAUCUGAAUGAAGUCUUCACUGGAGGGAUCAGCUCUUACAGCCUUAUUCUAAUGGCUAUCAGCUUCCUGCAGUUACACCCUCGAAUCGACACACGACGUGCAAACAUCAACCUGGGCAUCCUGCUGAUCGAGUUCUUUGAGCUGUACGGCCGCGAUUUUAACUACAUGAAGACCGGCAUCCGGGUGAAGAAUGGAGGAGCUUACCUGUCCAAGGAGGAAACGCUCAAAGCCAUAGGGAGUGAAAACAGGCCAUCCAUGCUCUGCAUAGAAGACCCAAUACAGCCAGGGAACGAUGUGGGCAGGAGUUCGUAUGGUGUUUUGCAAGUCAAGCAGGUGUUUGACUUUGCCUACAUGGUGCUGAGUCACGGAGUGUCUCCUCUAGCUCGCGCUUACCCCAACAAAGACUAUGACAGUACUUUAGGACGCAUCAUCAAGGUCAGCCCCGAGGUGUUGGCCUACAGGGACUGGACAAUUAAGAAGUGGGGAGCCAAGCAGUAUGCCAAGCUGGAGAACCAUGAUGUCGAGACCUGUGAGCAGGACCUGGCCAGGCUGAUGCUGGUUUCUGUGGAGGAUCAGAGAGACUCUUCCUCCCCCCUCAGUACUGACUCCCCCUCACCUUCUCCAGUCUUCCUCCCCAGCCCGCAACACCACUCGUCUUCAUCAUCCUCUGCCUGCUCGCUCUCCUCAUCCUCCGGUAGUGACAUAGAGUCUGAUUCUCCCCCGAGCAGUAAUUCUACUAUCCAACUCCAUCCCCUAACCCUGGCCUCAGUCCAUUCAGUGCUCCAGAUGGCUACUGACCUGAGGGCCACUCAUCCAGCAGGCUUUAUCCACACCACGCCUCAGGUCCAGAUGUCCCUCCCAGAGAACCUUACCAUCUCCUCGCUCGGUGAUUGCCAGUUCUACCAUGAAAAUCCACCUUCAAUCAGUGUUGUGCAUCGUCACAUGUCGCAAGCCGCCCACAUCUCCCAGCACACUAACUCCACAAGCCCUCUCCCGAGCCCCCUCCACCAGCUCCACCACCCUCAGAUGGGAGGGCAUCAGAGCCACACGUUCACCAUGAGAUCCAAUUCCCAUGGCUCACUUGAGCCGCACAAAGUUGGCUUCAAGCACAACCAAGGUGGAAGCCUCCGAGGUCAAACCCACUCUCAAGGUAACUUCAGUCCCCAGCGGCAGUUUGUUCCCCAGGGUCACAACGCGGCACCGGGUUUCAGGAACCAGCAGCAGUACAACCGUAACACCUGGCGGCGCAGGAAGAGGGAAAAUCUUCCCGCUCUUAACCAGAGCAGAUGAGAGACAUGCAUGACUUAACUGGCAAUGUUUUUUAACACCUCACUCGGCCCAUCAUGAGUCUUGGAGUAGAGGAGCUGUGAAGUAUUUAUGAUACAGCUAUUUUUUUUUUUUUUUUUUUGUUGGAGGCUCUCUCAAAAACACACCUACUUGGUCCUGGAAUUCACAAGUCAAUGGAAGUUGUUUCCAGAGGUGUCGAAUGAUUGAUCUCUGCUAGCUCUUUAGCAAGCACUAAGUGAUGCUACAAGGCUCUUGCAGCUGAAGGAAGACUGUAAAAGGACUAAAGUCUUAACUGUGCUCAUUUUUUUUUUUACAUCCGGCUGAUGAUAGUCAGAGGCCCUUCCUCUAAAUUUCAUGCACACCAGCACGGACUUUGAGUUGGAUUACUGAUUCCCACACUGGGUCUUACUCCUCUUCCAGUGUCCCUUCCCAGCAGCUAAAGACUCUGGCUGGUUGGCUAAAGUGUUUCGAUCAAGCAUUGAGUUUCCAUUCAACUUGAAAACCUUUUAGAAAGCAACAUUAUGUGCCAUAGUACCGAACUGAUUUUCAAACCUGGUCGCUCUUGAAGUUUUGAAUCUUAUUGGGCCUUUUUUGAGGUUUUGGGCUCAUCUGGUCUUCUGAAUGCAACUCCCUAUCGGCUACGAUUUCAGAGUGCUCACAGCUUGGACUAUCAUCUACAAAUUGUACUCUGGACCGGAGCGAAGCACUACCUUUCUACCUAUGCAGCGCAACGCUGACUUGAUGUUUUUGGUGUGACGGCACAAAACGGACCUUGUCUCAAGUGCUUAAACUGUGAUGACUUGUCUGAAUGUACCAAAUGUUUCUCCUUUUUGUGUGUUGGUCAUUUGUUCUCUUGUUUUUGUCACCAAGGGCUUUUUUUUUUUUUUUUUGUCACAUUCGCACUAUUAUGUUUUGUUUUUGUAUUGUCAACAUUGCCACCUUAUUUUAUGUUUGUUGCGUUCAUGUGCAAUAAUUGCUUUUAUUUAAUUUAUGUCACAUUUUGGUUUUAUUUUAGUGGUUGUCCCCACUAUAAGUUGGAUUUUUUUUUUUUUUUUUUUGUAGACAACAUUGAUCUGUGCAAUAGAUGGA